ACGAGUGCGGAGAGAUUGCAGCUCCGCCGGCACGUGGAGGAAGACGAGGAACAGAAAACGACAGCGAAGGAGAGGAGGAUGCAAUCCGGUGAAGGAGUCCACAGGACAAUGGGACAGAGCCGAGGUCUGGAAAACCAAGGAUAAGAGCUGGAUCUUUAACUGGAUCGUCCCACAGAAGUACAGUAAGUGUGCUGUCCGAAACCCAAAACACCUCGGAGGAAUUGCCUCUUCAUUUCCAGAAGUUCACACCUGAGAGAAAAAGUUUCCCGGGCUUGGGGACACGAGGGUAAUUCACAUUCAGCUUUGCAUAUCUGGAACUUGUAAACAAGAGUUUUUUUUGGUUUAUUUGAUCUGUUUAUUAUAAGUCAUGAGUUUCGUUUCCGUGUUCUUCUGGUUCAAGCGGAUGAUACGGUGCAGUUGCAUGUGAUGUGAGAGUUUGUGAUGGAGCUCAUUGGUGAUCGGGACGCCCGGCUGUCCGUUCCAAGCGUCUCCGCCUCCUCGCCUUUGCUGAAACAGACUCACGCAGGCGGCUUUAAGAAAGUGUGUCGGAUCGAAGAGGAAAGCACGUGUCCGUUCCCCGGCCUGCCCUCAGGUGUGCUCGAGAUGAGGGUUAAAGAGGGCAGCAAAAUUCGCAAUCUCAUGGGUUUCGCCAUGGCACGCAUGCAGAGCGACCCCCGGGACGCCGGUCAAACCGGACUGAGACAGGUAGUGUUCACCGGGUCCGGACGAGCCGUGACCAAAACCAUCACGUGUGCCGAGAUCAUGAAGAGAAAGCUCGGCGGCCUUCAUCAGAUGACCAAGCUGCAGUACAAGGGUCUGCGAGAGGUCUGGGAGAGCCAAGAAGAAGGCGAUUCGGAGGUGACCGUCCACCGGACGCUUCCCUCCAUCAGCAUCCUGCUCUCCAAAGACCCACUGGACCCUCAGGAACCGGGCUACCAGCCUCCGGAGAACGGCUUGUGGGAGGAGAAGAACGGAGGAGACGCUUCACAGACGGCUGAGACUGAGCCUCAGGCGAAGAGAGUCUGUCUCUGAGGAUUAUGGGUGUGUUAAAGUCGACCGAAACCAGCUUUGAAAGCUGAAAUCUGAGGAUAAAUGCACAUCACAGUCUUGAUUUGCGUUUGGCUCCUGGUUUUGAGCAUGCAGCAUCACUCAUUUAAUUCAGUCUCUUCGAUAUGAUCAGACAUGCACUGCAAUGCAUGAGCCGACUAAAAACUGGAAUGCAUUUGGAAAGAUGCAUAAAUUUGCUAAAUGCAUUGAUAAGACAAUAUAAACAUUAUUGAAAUAUAUAGCAAGUCGAAUUUAAUGCAUUGAGUGUUUCUGUAUGUAUGACUAAAAAUGCUGGUGUUACUGUGGUUUUCAAUGUGCAAGCAAUUUUCUGACCUAAAACCGUUUUUUCUUCGGUGGUCCAGAAGCAUGCAAACAUCUCAGAUGGACACGGAAGUGAGAUGGAGAUGAUUUCUGGAGCUGCAUUGAUUUAUUAAGAUGCAGUUUGAGACAAGAGUGUUUUUCUGUUUUCAUUGUAUUAUUUUAUGACCUGAGCAGAACCGAACGCAGCAGCAUGCAGCUCACGGCCGAAAGAGAACGGACAGAGAUCCGGUGUGCAGUUUAUGUGCAAAUGAAGCGUUUGCUCCUCAUGCUUUCUCUGUGGUUUUAACCGCACAGAAAGUGCCACCGUCUGCAACUUUCCUCUGAUGAAUUCAAGCGCUUUCAUCCGGACAAAACGUUCAGUUCCAGGAGAGCAGCACGUCGUAUCACAGCGUGUGGGAUCCUGAUAAAUGUCUUUUGAGGGAUUUAUUCGAGGGACGGUUGAUUUAGUUUUUAUUAGCUUUGAUAAGCUUCUACCUGCAGACUGAACUAACCUGUACAUCGCUGCUCGGACUCUUACAUAACGUUACCAUCAUACUGCUCGAUUGCAUCUCUGAGAUGAACAAUCUUCUGUAAAAGCAAACAUGUAGUCUAUGCUGGCAGAAUGUUUGAGGAGAAAAGCAAUAGACAGGCAGAGCAUCGUUCAGAGGUCUGUGGUCCUUUUUAAAAAAUGGGAGUCUUAUUUUUUCAAAGUCAACAUGAAACAGACUUAUGCUUUACACUUUCAGUCAAAUAAAAUCAAUUGCAGCAUGUAAAAUAAUGCUUAUUUUCUGGCAACUUUUCCCGUCAGCUCUCAAUAUUCUGAUGGAAAUGCAUCAUAUUUUAUAAUAAUAAGAAAUACAAAGUCAUGUAGAAUCACAGAUUUUGAUGGAAUUAAAUGUUGCACCACAGAAAAAAAUCAUGGACCUUUAUUAUAUUGUUUGGCUGAAAUUGUCCUUAAAAUAAAAUUAUAUUUCCUUCUCGAAAAAAAAGUAUUUUGUUUUAAGAACGUUUCAAUGUUUUUACUGGAAAACAUGAGUAAUGUAUUUUAUUACAGCACUUUUAUAUAAAUACUGUAUAAACACACACACACACACACACACACACAAAACACACACACAAAAAAACUUGUAAAAGAACCAUAUUAAUAUUGGAACUAAAUAUAAUAAGUUAGGAUAAUUAUUAUUAUAAUAAAGGUAAAUUGCAGCACGUAAAUUUAAAAAAAUCUCAAUAUUAUGUUGGAAAUGCAUCAUAUUUUAUAAUUAAUAACUAAUGGUAGAUUAUGGUGCAAUUUCUGUUGCACCACAGAACAAAAAUCAUAGACAUUAAUUAACAUGAUUCUUAAAUGUUUGACCAAAAAUGCCUUGAUUCUUCACAAAAUGAGACUUAAAAUCUCGUUAUUUUGCUUCUGAAGUAAAGUUGAUUUAAGAUUGUUUAGAUAUGUGUGCUGAAAAAACAUAAGUAAUGAUUUCUUUGCAAUGUAAUCUUCAGGCAGCACUUUUAUACAAAUCAAUGCAUCUUCAAAAAAGACAAAAAAGACCAUAAAAGUAUCAUAAAAGCAUGACUGUAGCAAAUGCAAUUAUGUACGUUUAUUAUUAUUUUUGUUGUUUAUUACGUACAUCCACUUCCAUGUCAUGAAUCCUUCAUUAAAUAAAAUGCAUUUGGUGCCGUCAGUCAGUUUUCCGAUCAAUUCUCAGUUUUCUAAUGGAGAUGCAUCAUAUUUCUGGAUUAAAAAAGUAAUAUUGAGUAACGAUGGAUUUUCUUAAUGUUGCGCUCCAGAAGAAAAUCAAAGAUGUGUGUUCAUGUGAUCCUUAAAAAUGUGGCG